AUGGCUUCACGGGUCAAGACCCCCCUCGCCGACUCCGACGGGUUUACCCUCUCCCAUCUACCCUCCGAAAUCAUCUCUCUCAUCUACGCCUACUAUCUCGCCCAAAACCCCCUCGAAAGUCGAAGCCAGUUCCUCAAUCUCCUCGUUCUUUCCAAGGAAGUCUAUUCAGAGAAUGCGUGGAGGCUGUAUGAAGCUGUCGAGCUCAAUGAUCAGAAUCACAAGGCGUUUUUUGACGGAUUAUGGAGUCGCAGGGAUAUCCACGUUUGUCAGGACCCGUGUCCUCCUCACCUCCGGUGCGAGGCUUCUGCAAAGGCCCUCGCACAGGAAAUCGAGGGAUACUCUCAUCCCAAACGACGGUUGAAACGACCAUCCGACUCUCCGUCCAAGAUUUCCUACCAGAAAUACGAGUACGAAUCUUACAUCCCUUUCCAUCUCCAUCCCGCCAUUCGAAAACUCCUCCUCAUACGCCAAUGUCGCAGGCUCUACAUCGAUAGCUGUCAGGCCUUUGUCGGACUUCAAAUGGGAAACGAAUCGGUCCGGGACGCCGUCACUGUGUGGCCUCCGGGACACGACAUCCGUCAUGCCGAGCCUUCCGGCUAUACCUGGAUCUCAGACCCCCUCUUUUCCUCCGUCACCCAUCUCUCUUUCGGAGAGACUGUCUCAUUGGUUGAUCCCGACACUACCGACGAGAUAUCUGCGGUGAAGUACAAGUCCUUCGGGCCGGCGCUCAAGCAUGUCUGCCUGAGCUUCAACGACAAAUUUUACGAUUUGGAAGGCCAAUACGAGGCGGCAGCCCGAUUUGGGGAGCUAGAUGAGUUCGAGGAAAAACAGUCAAGCGAAAGCAUCGCAAAGCUGCUUCGAGAGGGACUAUCCUUUGCGCUUAGGCCCGAGGUGGAUGAGAAAACGUCCUUGACGCUACACAACGCGUGGCCCGACGAUAUUGAGCUUGGGCUGGCCGAUACGAUGAUCUACGAAUUGCCGAGGAGUACGGAGAAUGGUGACGAUGACUGGAAGAGGCAGAUCGCGAUGAUGACUUGGGAUAUGGAGUCUCACAUGUCAGAGUUGCAAGAGCGAAUGCGAGAUGACAGGUUGGGAGCCAACGUCUGGCGACCCACGAUAAAACCUUGGAAGAUCCGAUUCACCAAUAUGGCGCCCAUCCCACCCAAUACCGACAUCAUUUCGGCCGUCCUCGAUGAUAAUACCCUCGGUCAAAAUGAACCUGUCGAUGGGUUGUUCAAGAAGUGGUGGGAGGAAGUCGUCAGCUUUGAGGGACCAGUGAAAUGCGACUGCUGCGAGAUCUUCAAAAAGAGACACCCCAAAAUCAACGCCUACAAGUACUCCUACAAUACUCGCCGUGAAAAUUUCGAGAUUAUUGAGGAAGAAGCAGAUGAUCUUAUCUCUUUGACUGUUUGUUCUUGCAUAGCGUGA